GCCCACAAGGCCACGGAAUGUCCGCCAGAGGAAACCCUGUCGCUCUGGAAACGGUAACGGGGUCCAGGUCGUGCAGUACCCAAGGGUGGUGGCCUUCGCCAAUGUCAUUCUGGCCGCACAGCCCCUUUGGCGGCUGAGAAACUGAACAUCAGUGCCGCACCGUGGGCCUGGCGCGGCCGCCAGCUGCCGGAAGUUGCCGCCUGCCUUUGUGGGCGUGGUGCCCGUUUCCGGGAACAAGCCAGGCUGAAGGCGCGCGUGGUGGAACGUGACACCGAGGCCUGGCAGCAGGACCCCACCUUCUCUGGCCUGCAGAGGGUCGGGGGCGUGGACGUGUCCUUCGUAAAAGGGGAUAGUACCCAGGCCUGCGCUUCCCUGGUGGUGCUGAGCUACCCAGAGCUCAAGAUAGAGAAGACUGCCUGGACAUGGGUUCAAGCCAACAGAAAGUAUUAGCCGGCCAGCCACUACCCUUGGAACCCCACUGUUGCACUGAGCCUUUCUCAGGGUGGUAUAUGAGGACAGCCACAUGGUUGGCCUGGAGGCCCCUUAUGUGUCAGGCUUCCUGGCCUUCCGAGAGGUGCCUUUCCUGGUAGAGUUGGUACAGCAGCUGCAGGAGAAGGAUCCAAGCCUCAUGCCCCAGGUCCUUCUUGUGGAUGGAAACGGGGUGCUUCACCAGCGAGGCUUUGGGGUGGCCUGCCACCUUGGUGUCCUUACAGAGCUGCCCUGCAUUGGGGUGGCCAAGAAGCUCCUGCAGGUGGACGGGCUGGAGAACGAUGCUCUGCACAAGGAGAAGAUUAUGCUCCUGCAGGCUGGGGGAGACACAUUUCCUCUGGUGGGCAACUCUGGGACUGUCCUGGGAAUGGCCCUGAAGAGCCAUGACCGCAGCACCAAUCCCCUCUAUGUCUCUGUGGGCCACAGAGUAAGCCUGGAGGUCGCUGUGCGCCUGACCCACUGUUGCUGUAGGUUCCGGGUCCCAGAACCUAUACGCCAGGCUGACAUCCGCUCUCGAGAGUACAUCCGAAGGACUCUAGGACACCCUGGGUCUCCUGCACAAAAGAAUGAGAAGAGCCAGAAGGAGCAGAGGCUAAAGUCAUGCCCCAAAGGAGGUCCAGGAAGCCCUGCAGAUGGAGGCAGGCCUCCUGAAGACCGUGGCAGAGGUACCAGCACGGACCUGAAAGACCCGAGCCAGACCUCCAGGAGCAGCAGAAGGACCAGCAGUUGAAGGGAACUGGGCAUCAAGAAUACUCAGACCUGUGUUGUCCUUCUCCAGCCUGGCACAGUCCCCACCCUGAGAAGAUUAUCUCGGGCUGUGGGGACCUCACCCACUGCCAUGGGUAGAGCACCAGGCCCCAGAGGCUACCGUGGCCAAAACCCCAAGAGGGUGCAGCAGGCAUGUUAGCCUGGGCUGGUGGCUGCCAGCCUCGUCCAUCUCCGGCUAGUCAUUGUGGUCACCAUGGCCCAGCUAGACCACAUUACAGACCAGGAAACACACAUGAGCAUCAGGGUACGUGAAGAGCCUCAGGCUUCAGGUACCCAGAGGCCCUCAGGUUGGCAGCCUGUGUCAGCACCUGCAGCUCUGUACUUCCACUUCUGUUGAAUACAGAUCUGGUUCUGGCUUGGUGGCUUUAUUCUCCGGGAUCACGGCUACAUCACCAUCGCAGCCACCGUAGACUGUCCUUCUAUGGGCAUAGUUGGGCUGCAGCCCCAUAGUUCCCGUCCAUAAGCCUGCCUGCCAUGGAGCUUGGGGGACCUGCAGUGGGAAAGCCUCAAGCCUGGAGCAGGCUCCAUAGUGGGCGUCAGGGAGUCAGCUGCACAGAGGGUGCCAGAUGGGAAGCCGGCUGAGGCCCAUGGUGAGAAAGCCCCAGGCUUGGCUCCUCACUCCUCUUCCUGCCACCCUCUCACCAGAGGGAGCGUCAAAAUCCCAUCCCUGUGAGAAGGCAGGUCUGUUUAAGCCGGCGGAUUAUCUGGGUGGGCUUGACAGGCUGCUGAGGCAGGCCACAGAGGUGGCUUCCAGCAUGGCUGUGGCACCCUGUCCUCCCGCACAUCCUAGGGACACCAGAGUGGCAGCUGAGGUGGGACACAGGUGGUGGGCCUAUAGCAUGUCUCCUGCCUGAACCCCAGUCCCUGACUUCCUGGAGGGGAGGUGACAGGUGGACACCCCUGGGAGGUGGUCAGCAUGGACUGAGGGUCAGUGAUAGAGGAGGACAGCAGGGAUGGCUCUCCUGGGACACCCAGUCCCCUAGCCUCAGCUCCUAAUCCGGUGUGUAGUGACUGCCGAGACCCCUCGGGGCGGGUGUGCUGCUGCCCUCUGUGAUGGAGCCGGCAGCUGGUUCCCAGUCCAUGAGGUGUGGGGCAGAGGGCAGCACCCUCCCCUCCACACGCCUGCUGUGUCUGCAGGAACCCCGGGGCCACCCAGGGUGUCUGAACAGGAAGGUAAGCCCUGUGGUGUCCAUGGCCCCCACCUCCCAUAGUGUCGUGUGGGAAAGGAAGUGUGCACUUGAGCCGGAACCCCGCACAGCUGUGGCCUCACUCCACCUACUUGCUGAGUCAGAGUCCCAGGUUAGUACCUUGGAUCUAUCAGAGUGCCUCAGACUGGCAGGUCUCCCAGGGGUGCGCCCCCCACCCUUCCCUGCCACUCAAACACACACGCACACACACUCACACUCCAUGUUCCCUGGCAUUCCUUUGGAAGCCAGAGCCGGAGGGCCUGCAGCUGGCCCCACCAUCUGCCUUCCUAACUUCUUCCAGAUUCCUCCCUUCUCAAGCCCCGUCAAGACAGAACUGUGGAGGGGGUGGGGAGAGCAAAAUGCUGAGGCUGAACCACCAUGGCGAGAAUCCUCAAGCAAAGCUCAGGUGUCAGGUGGGAAAUACGGCCUUUCCAGCCUCCCAUGCAGCCAGAAGAGGUGGGUGAGGGCUUCCUUUGGGGCCUGGCACAGGGCAUCCUUGCGUGGAGGAAAGCAGUUUGGAGUAGGGCCCUAGAGGCCAGGGCAGUGAGUCUUUAAGGCCAGCCUCUCGGAUGAGGAGGGAACAGCUUACAGAGUGUCCGACCCUGCCUUGCUUGAGCAGGCAUCUCCCACUGCUGUGAGGCACCAGAGCGUGGCAGGGUCCCCGCCCAGCAACCCCUCUGACUCCUCUGCUCUGAACACAGGGAAGUCAUACCACACGCUGCCCAGCACACCAACACCACUCAGCCUGGCAUCACACAACUCAGACCCUCUUCUCAGCAAGUCAUGGGCAGGGUGGCUCUCCAGACUGCCAGUAUGGCCAGAAGCUACAGGGAAUGUACCCAUUUCCCUACCCAGCGAGGGGCAGGCCACAGCCCGAAGGUGGGCUUGUAGACAGCGUCUGUGUGAUGUGUUCUGAGAGAAAAUCCUUUCAGUUAAAAUACAGCUUUGUGGAAUA